AUGUCGAUCCGACUUUCUAAUGAGCUCUCAUCCUCAAAUCUUUCAUCCCGCACAAUUCGCCCUGGGUUGGCUCAGUCUUUGCUGCUUCGGCCAUGCUCGCUUCGCUGCAAGGCAUUCUCUGUUCUUUCGCCAUUCCAGACGCGAGGGCCUGCAGCAAGUGGCCCUAUCCAUCAUCGCGGACUUCAGCCCACGAAGGCGGUGGAGGCCGUGGCGCCUGCGGCCCCGUCGCCCGCAUCCGCGACGCAAGCCGAUGCCAAGUCUGCAGCAUCCCAGGCAUAUCCCUUCACAGAAAUUGAAGCGAAAUGGCAGGCUUAUUGGGAGCAGAAUCAGACUUUCCACACGCCAGACCAGGUGGACACCAGCAAACCCAAGUACUACGUACUGGACAUGUUCCCCUAUCCCAGCGGUGCCGGCCUCCAUGUGGGUCACCCCGAGGGCUACACCGCCACCGACAUCCUAGCUCGAUACAAGCGCAUGCGGGGUUUCAAUGUGCUGCACCCCAUGGGCUGGGACGCGUUUGGGCUGCCCGCGGAGCAGUACGCGCUGCAGACCGGCACCCACCCGGCCGUAACCACGCAACGUAACGUGACGCGGUUUCGUCAGCAGCUCAAGGCGCUGGGGUUCUCGUACGACUGGAGCCGGGAGAUCUCCACGACGGAUCCGGAGUACUACAGGCCUCGGUGGCAGGCCGUGUCUCUAAAAUGUGUUUCGGAGCGCGGCGGUUACCCUGUGGUCCGCAUGCCCAUGAAGCAGUGGAUGCUGCGCAUCACCGCCUACGCGGAGCGGCUGUUGUCGGAUCUGGAGCUGUUGGACUGGCCGGACAGCAUCAAGGACAUGCAGCGGAACUGGAUCGGGCGGAGCGAGGGUGCCGAGGUCCGUUUCCAGCUCUCCGCCGGCCCGGGCGCCUCCCUGCCCGCUGACACCCACAUCACCGUGUUCACCACCCGACCUGACACGCUGUUCGGGGCGACCUACCUGGUGGUGGCUCCGGAGCACCCCCUCGUGGGGCAGCUGGCCACAUCCGAGCAUGCGGCUGCCGUACACUCGUACGUGGAGGCCGCCUCCCGCAAGUCUGAUUUGGAGCGUACGGAGCUUCAGAAGGAGAAGACAGGCGUCGACACGGGCAGCUUUGCGAUCAAUCCCGCUACCGGGGAGAAGGUACCUGUGUGGGUUGCGGAUUACGUGCUCGGGUCGUACGGCAGUGGGGCCAUCAUGGCCGUACCCGGACAUGACGUCAGGGACCACGAAUUCGCCGUCCGUUUCGGACUGCCCAUUAAGCAGGUCGUAGCCCCCGCGGAUGGAGGCGAGGUCGAGCUGCCGUACACUGAGCCCGGCGUCGCCGUCAACUCUUCCUCCUCGGCGCUGUCCAUUGACGGGCAGUCGAGCGAGGUGGCCCGUGGGUCGGUGGUGAGCUGGCUGGAGGGCGCGGGUGCGGGCAGCCGCCAGGUGAACUACAAGCUACGUGACUGGUUGUUCGCCCGGCAGCGGUACUGGGGGGAGCCCUUCCCGCUGGUGUAUCCGGAGGGUAGUGACGAGGCCGUACCCCUACCCGAGUCCUCUCUGCCGCUCACCCUGCCCGACACGGACCGCUUCAAACCCUCCGGCACGCCGGAGUCCCCCCUCGCUGCCAUACCCUCGUGGGUGAACACGGUGGACCCACGGGACGGUGUAACGCCCGCGAGGAGGGAGACGUCCACUAUGCCGCAGUGGGCGGGGUCGUGCUGGUACUACCUUCGUUACAUCAGUCCCCGUUUCGGAGCGGCCCUCGUGGACGCGGAGGCGGAGAAGUACUGGAUGCCCGUAGAUCUGUACGUCGGAGGGGCCGAGCAUGCCGUACUGCACCUUCUGUACGCGCGCUUCUGGCACAAGGUUCUGUACGACUUGGGUGUCGUAUCCACCCCUGAGCCCUUCCAGCGGCUGGUCAGCCAGGGUAUGAUCCUGGGUGAGGUGGAGUACACGGCCUUCAGAGACGGCGCAAGUGGGGAGUGGAUGGAGGAAGGGGCGCCGGGGGCGGUGCCGGUGAAGCUUUCCGAGUCCGAAGUGGACAAGCGAGGUGAUGGCUACGUGUUGAAGACCGACCCACGGGUCCGAGUAUCGGCCCGAGCUCACAAAAUGUCCAAGAGCCGUGGCAACGUCAUCAAUCCUGAUGAUGUGGUGGCCCAGUUUGGGGCGGACUCGCUACGACUGUACGAGAUGUUCAUGGGGCCACUGCGGGACACCAAAGUAUGGUCCACCCGGGGGGUGGAGGGGGUGCACCGCUUCCUUGCCCGCGUGUGGAGGUUGUUCGAGGGGGGAGUGAGUGAGGAGCCGCCCUCCCGGGAGCAGCUGAGGCUGCUGCACCAGACCAUCAAGAAGGUGAGCAUCGAGACGGAGGAGCUCCGGUUCAACACGGCCAUCGCCGCGAUGAUGGAGUUCGUGAACGGGGUCACCAAGUCGUGGAACAACAGACCUCGGGCUGCCCUCGAGCCCUUCGUUUUGCUGUUAUCGCCGUACGCCCCCCACUUAAGUGAGGAGCUGUGGGCCCGCUGCGGCCACAGCACCUCCUUGGCGUACGAGAGCUGGCCGGCGGCGGAUGAGGGGCUGCUGGUGGUGGAUACCGUCAACCUACCUGUGCAGGUGAAUGGCAAGACCCGUGGGACGGUCCAGGUUGCGGCGGCCGCGUCGCAAGACGACGCGAUGGCGGCUGCGGUGGGUAACGCCAACGUGGCCAAAUACACGGCCGACAAGGAAAUCAAAAAGGUCAUCUACGUGCCAGGAAAGAUCCUGAACCUGAUUCCCCCCCAAGGACUAGGGUUGUUGCUGUUCUUUCAGGACUAG